GAAAAGGGGAAAAAAAAAGUUUGGUGAGGAGCGAGCGGGGCGGGCGGGGCCGGGCGGGACGCGGCGGGCCCGGCGGCAGAUUUGAUUCCAAUACAUCUUGGAUUGAAAGCAGCAAAAGAAAUCUCAGUGUUCCUCAAGAUUACUGAAAUCUCACCGGUCUGGUUUAUAGAAGAAGCGAAAAUGGCUCAAGAAACCAACCGUAGCCAAGUGCCUAUGCUUUGUUCCACUGGUUGCGGAUUUUAUGGGAAUCCUCGUACAAAUGGCAUGUGUUCAGUGUGCUACAAAGAACAUCUUCAAAGGCAGAACAGUAAUGGUAGAAUUAGCCCUCCUGCAGCUUCUGUCAGUAGUAUAACUGAGUCCUUACCGGUUCAGUGCACAGAAGGCAGUGCCCAGGAAACCCAGUCAACUUUAGAUUCUACAUUGACUUCAUCUAUGCAGCCAAGCCCUGUGUCAAGUCAGUCACUUUUAACAGAAUCUGUAGCAUCAUCCCAACCGGAUAGUUCAGCUGUGGACAAAACAGUACCUGAGACAGAAGAUUUGCAAGCUUCAGUGUCAGAGAAUGCAGAGCCUACACCUGAAGAACAAGACAAGUCACUUGACAAACCAAAACAGAAAAAGAAUCGUUGUUUCAUGUGCAGGAAGAAGGUUGGACUUACUGGGUUUGAGUGUCGGUGUGGAAAUGUUUACUGUGGUAUGCACCGUUAUUCAGAUGUACACAGUUGCUCUUACAAUUACAAAGCUGAUGCUGCUGAGAAAAUCAGAAAAGAGAAUCCUGUAGUUGUUGGGGAAAAGAUCCAGAAGAUCUGAACUGCUGCUUCUGCUGGAAUACAAAAUCCUCUGACCAUCUGCAAAUGAAAUUGACUUGAGCUUUUUUCCUUAGUCAUCAGGAAUGUAGAGCAGUGUAUCUUGCCUAGACCUUUUAAUCAUGCAUGUCAUCAGAUGAAUAGAUUUUGUUUUUGUUUUUUUGUUUUGAAAAUGACUGAACAUUUAUUUUCAUUGCAGUUUUCUGUGGCUGAAGACUUAAGUAAACUUUACAAGUAUUAUCCUUUAAGAUCAUUUUCAUUUUAGUUGAGUGCAGAGGGCUUUUAUAACAAAUGUGGAGAAAAUAUUGGAGGGCUGUGCUUUUCCAGGAUAAAACAUGCAUGCGUUAACUUUGCAGUUUAUUUUCUUGUUGUAUAUAGCUUUUCUCUGCAGCACAAUUUCCUUUUUUUUUUUUGAUAAUGCCUUGUAUGGCACAACUAGUUAUCAGUAACUGAAUGUAUUUUAAUCAUUAUGGCUGCUUCUGUUUUUUUUCCCAUUAACGAGAGGUUAUACGUGUUUGCAUAUUAGCUUGUUUGCACCCUCUACCUAUUUAUGUAUGAAUCAUUUGUAAUGAGAGUGUGUGCUGAGAUUGUCUGCGUGGUUUGGUUUGUUGUUUUUUGUUUUUGUUUUGUUUUUAAUUGGGUUUUGUUUUUGUGUGUGUGUGGGGGGAAGGCUGUAUGCACUUCAUUGACUGCAGGUUUCAUUGGGAUUACAUCCAUCAGUCUGUACACAAAUAUGAAGAAUGAUCUGAAGUACCCAUGCUGUAUUUAUGUUUAUCCACGUCUUAACUUUGAUUAAAUAAAAUUAAAAAAAAAAAUCAGA